AAAAUGAAUAAAUAAAAUACAUACAGCAGGCAUAAUAUUUUUCUCUGUUUUAAACAUUUGUUUUUUUACAAUUUAAUCACUCUUUGACUCACUCCCGAACAAACUCAUCAGCCAUUCAAUCCGUAUGACUAGCAGUCCCGCAGCUCUGACAGGGAGGGGCGUGUCUAUUCGCAAGGAAGUUUGAUUGACGUAGCACAUAUCAAAUAAGGCUUUAGCUCUGCAUGUGUCGGCUGAUCCCAUUGGUUGGCGAGGGGAGGGUGCUGCGGGAAAACCGAACAGCCAAGCGCUGAGGCUUCAGUACUGUGCCAGCGGACACCGCCGGAGCGCACCUGAUAUAUUGGGACUUUUCAGAUAACAGGAAAAAGGACAACAUACUAACUGUGAGACUAUAACAGAGAGCACUGCUUUAACAUUAAAAGAAAUGCAUUUGUUGAAAGAACUCUAUGGAUUAUAAAAGUGUGUUUUAUCACGCGCAAAAUCGCUUUAUAUGUGAAGCUGUAAAAAUAAUGUGUACUUGAGCUUGUUUGUGGAGAUAUACAGAGGAACUCGCUUUGGGAAAUCGGUCCUGUGUUAUCCAGCAGACAGCAUGGUUUUUGACUGACAGACCCGUUUGAGGAAAGAUACAACCUUUCAACCAAAGCCUUACGCACGCCUCCUCGCCUUACCUUUAGGAAGAAGGGUAUGUUUUUGUUGCGUGCUCUGCGGAGGUAAAAUAUCCCAAGUGCCCUUUCCGGAGUGGAGAUGUUUGUGUUUUUGCUCCUGCUGUGUCUCGCGGAUGGUGUAGUUUCUCAGAUACGUUAUUCUGUGCCCGAGGAAGCGGAGCAUGGCACGUUUGUGGGAAAUAUCGCAGAGGAUUUGGGACUGGACCUUACCAAACUUUCAUCCCGCCGAUUUCAGGUGGUGCCCAGCUCGCGGACGCCGUACCUGGAAGUUAACUUGGAGAACGGUGUGCUUUUCGUGAACGAGAAAAUUGACAGAGAGCGCAUCUGCAAGCAGAGCGCCAGCUGUUUACUUCACCUGGAGGUGUUUCUGGAGAACCCGCUCGAGCUCUUCCGCGUGGAGAUCGAGGUGGUGGACAUCAACGACAACCCACCGAGCUUUCCGGAGACGGACAUCACCGUGGAAAUAUCUGAGAGCGCGACCCCUGGCACGCGCUUCCCUUUGGAGAGCGCCUUCGACCCGGACGUCGGUAGUAACGCACUGCGCACCUACGACAUCACCAACAACAACUACUUUUACCUAGACGUGCAAACACAGACCGACGGCAACAAAUUCGCCGAGCUGGUUUUGGAAAAGCCAUUGGAUCGCGAACAACAGGCGAUGCACCGUUAUGUUCUUACAGCCGUUGACGGUGGUCAGCCUCCUCGGACAGGAACAGCUCUGCUUGUGGUUAGGGUGCUCGACUCCAAUGACAACGUUCCCGUGUUUGAUCAGCCUGUGUACUCGGUGAAUCUGGCCGAGAACGCUCCGGUGGGCACGCUUGUGAUCCAGCUCAACGCAACGGAUUCGGACGAAGGCCCGAACGGAGAGGUCAUUUACUCGUUCAGCAACCACAUCUCCAGCAGAGUGAAAGAACUGUUUGAUAUUGAUGCGAGGACUGGCCGAAUAGAGGUCAGGGGUGAGGUGGACUUUGAGGAAAGUGGCCUGUACCAGAUUUACGUUCAAGCGAAAGAUAUGGGACCGAAUGCCGUGCCCGCGCAUUGCAAAGUUUUGGUCAAAGUGACAGACGUGAACGACAACGCACCUGAGAUUAUCUUCAGCACCGUCACAGAGUCCGUGAGUGAAAACGCAGCCACGGGUACCGUCAUCGCGCUGCUCAGCGUCACCGAUAAGGACUCUGAGGAGAACGGGCUGACGCAUGUGGAGAUUCUUGGCGACGUUCCUUUCAAACUCAAAACCUCAUUCAGAAAUUAUUACACUAUUGUAACGGACGGUCCACUCAAUCGGGAAACUAUUGAGGCGUACACGGUCACUGUGGUUGCUAGAGAUAAAGGAACACCAUCUCUGGCGACCAGCAAAUCAAUCAAAGUGCACGUCUCCGACGAAAACGACAACGCGCCCACUUUUACGCAGCCCGUUUAUGAUGUGUACGUGACCGAAAACAACGUCCCCGGUGCUUAUAUCUACGCGGUCAGUGCCGUUGACCCUGACGUGGGACAGAAUGCUUAUAUAACUUACUCCAUAGUGGAGUGUGAGAUACAGGGUAUGUCAGUGGUCACCUACGUGUCCAUCAACUCGGAGAAUGGUUACUUGUACGCACUGCGAUCAUUUGAUUAUGAGCAGCUCAAAGACUUCAGCUUUAUGGUUCAAGCCAGAGACUCGGGCAGCCCUGAGCUAUGGUCCAACGCCACGGUUAAUGUAAUCAUUGUGGAUCAAAACGAUAACGCGCCGUCUGUAAUUGCGCCUCUUGGAAAAAAUGGCACUGCGAGGGAGCCUUUGCCACGCUCGGCUGAACCGGGCUAUUUGGUUACGCGCGUUGUCGCCAUGGAUGCGGAUGAUGGAGAGAACGCGCGCUUGUCUUAUAGUAUACAGCGAGGAAAUGAGAACGGGAUGUUCCGCAUGGACUGGCGCACAGGAGAGCUGCGCACGGCCCGCAGGGUAUCAGCCAAACGAGACCCACAACAGCUUUACGAACUGCUGAUAGAAGUGAGAGAUCACGGGCAGCCUCCCAUGUCUUGUAGCGCAGUGGUGCAGGUGACACUGGUGGACAGCAUUGUGGAGGGCCACAGUGGAGAGCGCGGCUCAGCCAAGGCCAAAGAGGCGUCUCUUGAUUUGACGCUCAUUCUCAUCAUCGCACUUGGCUCCGUCUCUUUCAUCUUUCUCCUGGCCAUGAUUGUGCUGGCCGUGCGCUGUCAGAAGGACAAAAAGCUAAACAUUUACAGCACCUGUCUGGCGAGCGACUGCUGCUGCCUGGUUGGCUGCGGAUCGGGCGGCUGCUGCGGGCGUCAGGCACGAGCCGCCCGGAAAAAGAAGAAGCUGAGCAAGUCGGACAUCAUGCUCGUCCAAAGCACCAACACGGCCAACGUAAGUGUGGCGAGCGCCGCGCAGGUGCCCGUGGAGGAAUCAGGGAGCUUCGGCUCGCUCCAUCAGAGCCAAAAUUACUGCUAUCAGGUCUGUCUAACACCAGAAUCGGCCAAAACGGACCUGAUGUUCCUAAAGGCCUGCAGCCCGUCGCGCAGUAACGACACAGAGCAUAACCCGUGCGGAGCCAUAGUGACCGGUUAUACUGACCAGCAGCAGCCAGACAUCAUAUCCAACGGCACCCUGCUUUCUAGUGAAACAAAACACCAGAGAGCAGAGCUCAGUUAUUUGGUCGACCGACCAAGACGUGUUAACAGCUCAGCGUUCCAGGAGGCGGAUAUUGUGAGCUCAAAAGACAGCGGUCAUGGAGACAGCGAACAGGGAGAUAGUGACCAUGAUGCCAUGCAUCGCGGACAUUCCUCUGGAGCAGACCUGUUCUCCAACUGCACAGAGGAGUGCAAAGCCCUCGGCCACUCGGAUCGCUGCUGGAUGCCAAGUUUCGUGCCCACUGAGGCGCGACAGGGCGCAGAUUACCGCAGCAACCUGCACGUGCCGGGCAUGGACUCGGUGCCUGACUCUGAGGUAUUUGAGGGCGAGAUGUUGGCGGGCGAUCAGUCAUUCUCCACCUUUGGCAAAGAGACGCCACACCACCCCAACCAGACGCACCAACAUCACCAACAUCAACACCACCUCAAUGCUUCCACGCUAGAGAGGAAAGAGUUCGAUGCACUUCUGUGUAACUCUCGCAUGCCUUACAAAGCCGCCUGUCUGUCGCGGAAAAGGAUUUGCUAGCUCUUUCCGUGUGGACAUACCAGAGACGGCGUGAUUUUGCACAAUCAGUAAAACUGAUGGAAAAGCAUCAAGUUUUCAGACUCUAUUUCCAGAGGCGUCGGAUCGUGUGUUCCCAAAGGCGUCCGGAGCCUCCGAUCAACAAACUUGAUGAAAGCGUCAGACUCACAGAGCCAGACAGAAGGCCAGAAGGCCGGACCCCCCUCAGCAGGACUGAGAUGGAACGGAGGACAAAACAGGACCAUGGAGGAUAGGGAGACAUCCAAGCAGAGAAACUAGAGGAUGAAGGCUCCUCUUGGGUUCUGCGUGUGCCUGUUUACAGCACUACUGUACAUCGUAAAAAGAAAAAGAAACAAAAACGUCGAAGAGACCCAACUAAUGAAAACUACUAAAAUGGAGAUAUAUUCACUGAGCCCUUUAGCCGUUUAUGUACACACACACACACACUCCACUAAAAAGCCAAUUGUACAGGAAAGUCGUUUGUGCAUUACAAAUGCAAUAUUGUUCUUUUAGACAUGACUGUUUUUAUAUUAUGUGUGCGGCUGUGUGUGUGAUCAGGUGUUUUCCCUAUUCCUGUCAAAAGAAAAAAAAGCAACGGAUUCCACGGUUGGAUUUCCUUCUGUCAGGGUUUAAGUGUUUUUCACGUUGUAAGCGGGACUGCAGUGGCCUAAAUCUUACGCUCUCAGACAAUACUUAGGUUAUAUCACGUGUGAGAAGUCUUAACUGUACUCUUUUAAACUUCUAAAUAAAUAUAAAUCUAUAUCUAUAAAUCUAUCUAUAUAUACUUUUUCUCAAAGUGCGGUCCUCAUUUGCGCCAUUUUUUUCCAGUGUAGUGUGUAAGACUCCGCGAGGGAGCCAUUAGCAUCGAUAAUCUACUUUAAAGGGGUUCUUAACGUGACAGAAAGCCUUAUCCCCAAACCUUUCAUCCAUUUUUUCACUUUUGGAUAUUGAGAUUCAUGUCUAUAAAUAAAAAGGGGAGUAAUAAUCUAGAUUUGAAUACAUGGCAGUUGUGUAUUACUGUAGCCAAAUAGGUCUGUUCAAUAAUUUGAGGCCAAAUAAGAAAGGCGCACGCAGUGCAAACAUACACUGAUAUAUUUACACACAUAAACAGACACGUACAUACACGCACACAAACACCUUAAUAUCAGAAGGUGGAAAAUAAACUGAAAAAUGUAUACUUGCAA